AUGGGCAUAAAUAUUUUUAUAAACAAUAAAUAUUUGGUUACUGGGGAUUGCGGAAAUUAUGCUGAGCUAUGCAGCCGGAUUGGGGAUAACACAAACUUGAAGCCUGAGGAUUACUAUCUGGUGAGCAAUGGAAAACGCUUGGAUUUGGAGGGAAAACUAUGUGGAGGCGAUGUCCACUGCAUCCUGCGCCAGGUGGGCGGCAAGGGAGGAUUCGGCUCCAUGCUGCGGGCCAUUGGCGCCCAGAUCGAAAAGACCACGAAUCGCGAGGCUUGCCGGGAUCUGAGUGGCCGUCGGCUGAGGGACAUCAACGAGGAGAAGCGGGUGCGCGCCUGGCUGGACAAGCAGGGCGAGCGGGAACGGGAGGCCGAGGAGCGGAAGAAGCGGAAGAUCGAGAAGCUGCUGGCCGUGCCGAAGCACGACUUCAAGGACGACAAGUACGAGGAGGCGAGGGCCAAUCUCACAGAGAAAGUCAACGACGCUUUUGAGGAGGGACUCAAGCAGGCCGAGGAGAUCAAGGAGAAGGCGGCCCAGGAAGCCUCCACCAGUGGCACCAAGAGGAAAUCACCCGCCGAAGACAAGACCAAGGCCAAAAAGAAGAAAAAGGGUACUCUUUGGAUAGGCGAUGAUAUCUCAGGUUCCGAUUCGGACUCGGAUGACAGCGAGGAGGAGCCGGAGGCACAGAAAAAGGCCAUCAAAAACUAGACAAAUUAAGUAAAUUCAUUAAAACCUAUAUAAAAUUUGAAAGAUUUCGAUUUAAUACUAAGCACUAAGAGGAUUAAUAAGUAAUUGUAUAAAUAAACAUUUGAAUGACCCAAGA